AUGGACCGUUUUAUAAGCAUGUGGAAAGUUCGGGAGUUGGCGGACAAAGUCACAAAUGUAGUCAUGAACUACACGGAGGUGGAAGGCAAGGUCCGCGAGGCGACGUCAGACGAGGCGUGGGGCCCCACCGGCCAGCAGAUGCAGGAGCUGGCGCUGGCCACCUUCACGUACGAGCACUUCCCCGAGGUCAUGUCCAUGCUGUGGCGGCGGAUGCUCCACGACAACCGCUCGCAUUGGCGACGCACAUACAAGUGUUUGCUACUCCUGAGCUACCUAGUGCGCAACGGGUCGGAGCGCGUCGUGACGUCGGCGCGGGAACACAUAUACGAUCUCCGCUCACUCGAGAACUACACAUACGUCGACGAUGUUGGGAAAGAUCAGGGUAUAAACAUAAGGCACAAAGUGCGAGAACUGAUAGACUUCAUACAGGACGAUGAGAAACUGCGCGAGGAGAGGAAGAAGGCCAAGAAGAACAAGGACAAGUAUAUAGGCAUGUCGUCGGACGCGGUGGUGAUGGGCAUGCGCGGCAGCUCGGCCGGCUGGGGCGAGUACAGCGACCGCAGCGCCACCAACUGGGAGGAGCCAAAAGAGAGGAACGAUGAGGAUGAAUAUGAGAGGGAGGACUCGGACGGAGACUACGGACAUCAUCGUGAGAGGAGGCCACACAAAGAGAACGUAUACCGCGAUUCUGACGUAGUAAGCUCGAGUCCCCCUCGCGCUCGCUCCCUGGAGCCGGGGGAGCGAGCGGAGCGGGGGGACAGGGGGGGACACAAACCAUUCAGCAUCAAUCUCAAGAGCCCCGCCAAACAGAAACCUAGCACGCCUGUCAAGAAGAUUGACCUUGGUGCAGCAGCGACGUACGGUCAGUCCGGCAGUAGCGCCGUGGCCCCCGGGGCGGCGGCCCCCGCGGUGGGCGGGCCCGCGGGCGCGCAGUCGCAGGAGCUGCUGGACGACUUGUUCAAGACGUGCGCGCCCGCCACGCACUCGCCGCACAACGACAUACUCGACGACUUCGAUCCUAGAGCGGAAGAACCCCUUCCUCGCAAAGUAUCGAAUGAAUUUGGCGACUUUACAAAUGCGUUCGGUCCUCCAGCAAACAACAACGAAGGAUUCGCAGACUUCUCGAGUGCUUUCACUGACAACAACAACUCCAACAACUUGCUCAGCGCUGGAACAAACCUGGCGCCCACUCCUAACCUUAUGGCGCCUAGUAAUAACCUAAUGGCACCCUCUAAUAACCUCAUGGCGCCUUCUAACAACCUAAUGGCGCCCUCUAACAACCUAAUGGCGCCCUCUAACAACCUCAUGGCGCCCAGUAAUAACCUUAUGGGUAUCGGCAGCAAUCUGAUGACGCCGGCCAAUAAUUUGCUCAGCUCGAGUAACAACAGUGCACCAGCUUCGGCCCCCGCGUCCAACCUGGACCUGCUGAGCUCGCUGCCCCCGAGCGCCUCGUUCGACGCCGUGGACGCGCUGAGCUCGCAGCUGGGCGCCAGCACGCUCUCUGCAGGCUUACAACCGACGCCAGUCGGGCUCCUGCAGCCGAUGUCCGGCGCCCCUCAGCCUGCCGCCGCCGCCCCGGCCCCCGCCAGCAAGGGCGCCAGCAAACUGGGCGCCACGUGGGCCGACACUACGGGCGCCAUCAACAUCGACGUUGACAACCUGCUGGCGCCCCGCUCUCCCAAGGCGGGCCCGGCGCCCUCCAUCAACCAGCUGAAGUCGAGCCCCAACUCCCCGGCACACGCCCCCCAGCAGCCCCCCAGCAUGCCCCCCAUGGGGGGCUACAUGAUGCAGACCAACCUCCUCAACAACAACUUCGCCCCCCUCGGACAGAACAACAUGAUGCGGCCUGCCUUCGCCAACCAGAACUCAUUCCUCCAAUGA